AUGACCGGAAAUCAAAUCCCACCUAGAAACAUCAUGUCUACAUUGAAAAAGAGAAAUCCAGAUAGUGCGACAAGCAUCAAGCAAUUGUACAAUGUCAAGCAUAGAUUGAAACUUGCAGCUCGGGGGCCAAGGAGUGAAAUGCAACAACUUUUGAAAUGUCUGGAGGAAAACAACUAUUAUUUCAAAGUUCGAACAGCUGGUGAGUCUGAUACUAUUCAAGACCUUUUUUUUGCACAUCGUAAAUCUAUCGAACUGUUCAAUACUUUUAGCGAUGUUUUGCUUAUGGAUUCCACAUAUAAAACCAACCGGUACAAAAUGCCAUUGUUUGAGAUUGUUGGCUGCACAUCGACUAAUAAGACAUUUGGACUUGGUUUUGCUUUUCUAAGUAAUGAAAAACAUGACAAUUUUGUUUGGGCUCUACAACAAGUGCAGCAACUUUUAGUGGACGAAAACAGUGCACCGAAGGUUAUUGUGAUUUGCCCUCAAGGGCCAACUAUCCAAGUCUAA